UGAGUAACAUCUGUCCCUAUGAAAUUAACAAUGCAACGUACAUUUGUAGCGUAUGAAACUGACUUGGAAGGAAUUGAUUUUUUAUAGAUCAAUACCAUCAUCAUCUCCGCGUUACAGCUAUGUAAAUUCUGAGAUUGUUUACAUUUUGGGAAAUACCUGCACAUUUUAUUUCUUUCAACGCUAAUCAAGAAAGCGAUGUAGGGAGAAACACACUAACAUUCAUAUCAGUUGUCACAGAAAUCAAGAGGGAUGAGCAAGGAGAAGGCAGAACUUGACAUGACCAUUCUCGGCUCUCAGAAACCAGCAAAAUAUUACACAGAAGAAAAUCAAGCAAAUGAUGACAAGGAGAAGAUACUACACGAUGAACCAGAGGUACUGAGUAAACCACGUAUCUUCUUGCUCAAUCUCUCUUGGUAUGGACUGAGUUUGAUGUUUCUUCUGUUAUCUGUGGAAGUUGUACCAGCUCAAGUCCAUGCUUUGGUGGGAGAUGCUGCCAAAGGGCGUUGGUUAGGAGGAAUGAUUGCAGGUGGCGCAGCUGUAACGUUUUUCCUUAGUCCUUGUAUUGGUAUGGCCAGUGACAGACUGACUUUACAGAUUGGUAAAAGACGUCCUAUCAUGAUCAUUGGUACUACAGGUUUAUGUAUUGGUCUGAUUGGAAUGGCUUUAAGCGCAUCUCAUAUCAAAAUAUCUCAUGGCACGAAUUCAACAUCAGAAAAUGGAACAUGUUACAGGGAUUUAGUUGAACACAGAUGUAAACCAUACUACAAUGGCACAACACAUCUACAUACUCACCGUAUACACAAUGGAAAUCCAAGUUCUCUGUUGGUAUCAGGGUCGGGAAACGCUGUCGAUUUAGAUCCAGAACCUCCUGGUGAUCUAGCAUUAUACAUAAUUUUCUACUUACUGGUGACAGCCAUGUUUGCAACAAUCAACGUUCCUUACAAUGCUCUGAUAGCUGACAAAUCAAAUUCAUCCCAGAGAGGUUUUAAUUCUGGUGUAAUGGGUUGUAUGAUUCUGUUAGGUAACGUUAGUGGAGCAGCCGUUGGGACUUGUUUUACAGAAAUUGGUGUUAUAGGAGCUUAUGCCACAGCCAUAUCAGUAGUUAUAAUAAGUGUAUGUGUUACUGUUUUUACUACAACAGAAAAUCCGGGAAAAGUAGUGAAUGAACCAGUUGGUUGUUUUGCAAUAUUUUGUGGAUUUUGGCAGCCUCUUAAAGAACAUGAUUUUAGAUGGGUUUUUAUUACAAGAUUUCUAAUGCAGCAAGGUGUUUCCACGGUUACAGGAUUCCUGGAGUAUUGGGUGUCUGAUAUGAUACAGUUGCCUUUUUGUUGGAAUGCUGCAAGAACAGUGGCAUUCAUUUUACUGCCUUUGUUGUUUUCAGCAUCAGUUGGUUCAGUUAUUAUGGGAGUUGUUUCAGACAGAAUUGGCAAACGAAAAAUAAUUGUGAUAAUAGCAGCUGUAAUGAUGAGUAUAAGCUGCACUGCUCUGACAUUUGUCAAUGGUGAAAACGCAUUUUGGAUGGCAUUUGUGAUAGCAUUUUUCUUUGGAAUGGGUUUAGGAACUUUCCAGUCGAUUGACUUUGCACUAGUAAUGGACGUUUUACCGGACGAAAAAGACAAAGCAAAAGACAUAGCAGUAUGGCAUCAAGCCUUAGUAUUGCCAAAUGCCAUAGCAACCCCUACUGGAGGAAUUAUUUUGGACUAUUUUGAAAGCGUUGAUUGUACAAUAGGUUUAGGUUAUAUAAUUUUAUUUGCGGUGACUGCAUUUUACUUUUUGUUGAGUGCUAUUUUUGUUACAAAAAUUAAGCGGGCAAAUUGAUGAUACGAAAACAUUUAAAAAUUAUGGAAAUUCUACUUAUGGAAGUCUUGAUUGUUGAAGUUUAUAGCAAAGCUGUUUCAAAAUUUAUGCAAUUAACAAUUAUAAAAAACGGAGAUGCACAAAUUUGAAAGAGUAGAUAAAUAUGAUUUACAUUCCAAAGAAAUUUUAAAAUGAGCGUCAUCCUAAUAAAAAGAUCAAUACAUUUAUUUUCAUUGUUUUGAGGUUAAUAUUUUUUGUUCAAAUAAUUAAGAAUGAAUUAUGCAGUGACUGGUAACAGGAUUGACGAAUUAAGGUUACUAGCAUCAUCAUCGGUAUCAUCGUAUGGAUUUAUUUGUUAAGUACAUACAUUUAUAAUCGAUUUUCUUCAUUAAAGUAAAAACAAUGAAUCGGUUUUAUACAAUAUUACUAAAGCCUUUGCUAUUUCAUUAUUAAGUAGCGAAGUUUAAUGAGGAAAAUCGUCUUUUAAGGUUAACAAAUUUAAAUGAAAGCAUGAAACAUGAUCUCGAAGUUUUGAUACUUUUUAAAAAAAUGAGAACCUUAAACUUUUGUGAUGCAAACAUUGUAGUUAAAAUCUAAGCACAAGGGCAGUAUCACAAUUGUUUAAAAAAAUAUGAGUCGACUAUGAGAUGUCUAAUAAUAUCAAACAUCAACUGCAUGAAAUAAUGGUAUAUAUUUCCAUAAAAAAUUUGCACAAUUUCAAAAUUGGGGAAAAUUGGACUAACUGUAGCUUUAAAACAUGUAUUAUAACGUAUUCAUUUUAUUACAAUUUUUUAAUAGUAUGCAAACUACAUUUUGUCUAAGAAUAGAUUCAACUACACUUGUUAAGCUUUUAACCCUUACCUACUUUGAUAGAAAGUACCACACGAUAAGAGGAACUUCCAAUUGAAGGUUCACAUAAAUCUACUUCACUUUAAGUGUACUGUCAAAUGUCAUUAUGUGAUAUUGUUAUCUUAAGAUGUCUGUAUUUGUGAUAUAUAUAUUUAUUUUUAUAGGUCACAAUGUAUAUAUAUAUAUAUAAAUAUAUAAAUCUAUGAAACGAAGUUUUAUCUAUAGUAUUAAUCGGUGUCAAUCACUCAGGAUAUAAUUGUUGUAAUUAAAGUUUAAGUGUAAAACAAUCAGGUCAAAUAUUAAUGCUGAAAAAACUAUUAUUCAACUGAAAUUAGCUUCCGAUUAAUGUAACAGUGUAAAAGUUCAAAGUCUAUAAAACACAUGAAUUUUGUUAUUUCUAUUUUAUCAAGGAAUGGAACAUUGCUUUUUGUUCUUCUUUUUGCUUAUCAGAAAGACAGUUGUGUUGUGUUUUUUUGUUGUUGAGGCAUACCUAAAAGUAUUCCUCAUUUCUCUUUAAGCUAACUUCUGAGAGUGAUUACAAAAAGCAUAGAUAAACACUUGUCUGUUUGAAAGUAUUCACCUUUCUAGUUAUUUUUCAAAACUACAUUGUACUAUUCGGAAGAGCACUAAUACUUAUUUAAUGAGACUACUCUGACUUCCCUCCCGAACGAUAUCAAUUUGAACAUUUAUGGACAUUAUUUGAUAAAUUUAAAGUUUUAUUUUGACGCCGUAUACAAUAUACUACUGUCAUGUUUGAAAAAAAAUACUUUUGUAUCAGCAAAAAAGGUUUGCUAUACUAAAAGAAUAUUACUUGAAAUGAAUAGAACAUUUUAAGCUAAAAGAAUUGGUUUAUUUAUUACUUACAAUAAAUCUAUAUACAUUAAAAUCCUAGCAUUCUUUAUUUUAGUUGAAAAAAUCAUUUUCCUAUCAUCUUUUUGUCUGGCUAUUUCAUCAAGCAAUAUACAUAAUAUAUGUUCAUCUGUUCCUCGUUUGAAGACUUCCAUCUGGAUUACAACUUGUCUUAUUUUUUAGCGGCCGCAGUUAUGAUUGUCACACAUCACACUUCAUGAAAAAGUUAAGCUACAUACUGCCUUAAAUGAGUAUAUAGUUAAAAAUUACAGUUUUUAAAAAGGCAUCUAAAUUUGUUGUUAAAAUAUAGUCUUACUGUUGAAUAUUGUUGAAUAAUUGUUUGUUAUUAAAUGUACAAAAUAAAAUCAUGCCAACGAU